UGGUGCUGGCUGAUUCAGUAAACAGAUCCUUCAUCAUCAUCAGUUUUCAAAUCUGCAUCAUCUCAUCAACUCAUCAUGAAGCUGCUGGCUGUGUGUGUCCUGGUUUUCUCUGUGAUGGCUCAGACCAGAGCUGACCCUAUUCCAGAUGAUGGCUCCCCUGAUCCAGUUGUUGUGGCCAUGAGUCCUUCAUGUCCUAUCGGCUGGUCUCUGAUCAACAAUCGCUGCUUCCAAUAUGUUACCAGGAGCAUGACUUGGGCUGGAGCUGAGAAAAACUGUCUGUCCAUGGGAGCAAACCUGGCAUCAGUUCAUGACAUGAAUGAGUACCGUCAGGUUCAGUCUGUGAUAACUAUGGCAACUUACGGAUCCGGAAGAACAUGGAUUGGAGGCACUAACGCACAGGAGACAAGGGUUUGGUUUUGGAGCGAUGGAAGCCCUCUGCACUAUACAAACUGGUGUCCUGGAGAGCCUAAUAAUUAUGGAGGAUACCAGCACUGUUUGCAGAUGAACUAUUCAGGUGAAAGAGAUCAUCCAAUAUGAGUGUGUUUUUAUAGU